UUCGCUGAAUGCGGCCAAUGUUAUAACCUGCCCUUUUGUUCACCAGAACUGUGUUCAGAAACAUCACUCGAGUGCUUCCGGGUAUCAUUUUAUCUUUGUUGUUCACCAAAUGUUAAACAAGGAUAAAAUGUACCCAAGUACAUUCGGGUGAUAUUUCUGAACGCAGCCCAGACCUAUCAAGAUUUUUGCGUCCACAUUUUUGAUUUCCAUCACUGUUUUAAUUGCCACUUCACAUGCGCGAAAAACCCAGCCCUAACACCGGUGAUUAAUAUCGAUUAUGCGCGAUUGUGUGAAAAACAACUGAAUGUUUAAAAAAACAUUUCAACGAGCAGAUUAAAAGAUAACAACUUCGAAACGGUCUUUUUCAAACAGAGAAUAUGGACACAAGUACAGACACAGAUGUGGAUACAAAUACAACAAUAUCCGUAGAUCCAGAGGAUCAUUCGUCACCCACACUGAUUGAUGUUAUUGAUUUAACUAAAGAAUCACCAAGAAAUAGACCUUCACAAUCACGUUAUAGAUAUCCUGAAAAUGCAUGUACGAGUCGUCAUACAACUAGAUCAUCCAGACGUCUCUUACAUAGGGAAGUCUUAUCACCUAUAGCAAUAGGAAGAAGAUAUGAUAUUGAACCAGAUUAUCUAGGAAGAAUAAGAAGGCAUAGUAAUAGUGCAAGCAACAAUGAAAUUGUGAAUCUUGAUAAUACUAUUGAAGUUAGAGAUGAUAAAGAAGAAGCAGAUAAACAAGAUAAUAAAGAUAAUGAACAAGAAGGAAAUAAUUGUUACACAUUUCAAUCAGAUGAUAAAGUGCCAGUAUCUUUAACAUGUCCGAUAUGUUUUGAAAUAUUAUCUUCUAGAUUAAAACCCACUACUACUCGUUGUGGACAUCUAUUUUGUGCAAAAUGUUUGAAAAAAUCUAUUCAUAAGUAUAAACAUUGUCCAACCUGCAAAACAACUAUAACAUUAAAAUCUUGUAUUCGUUUAUAUCUUUAAAUAUGUACAUUACUUGUGAACAUUGCAUAAAUUUUGUACUUUUUUCCAUAUUUCAUAUUCCAAUAC